CUCAGAAGAAGCACAGAGAUUUGAGUUCCACAGCUUGAAGAACAGCAAACAUCUCACAGCAAGAUUUCAAUACUGAAAAAGCUUCCAUCCUGAGUGCAGAUCUGUAUUUUGUGCUUUAGCAUGAAGGUGAUAUGUCUGUGCACAGCAGUAGCCGGGCUGUUUGCCCUCGGCUGCAUUGCUGCUCCCUUGAGUUCAGUCUUUGUGAGUUUCCCUGGUGACACACUUUCCAACAUGACAGAUGAGCAGUUUCUAAAUAACUACCUGCACAGAUUUGGCUACAUUGACAAGACACAGCGUAGUAGACAGUUUUCAAAGUCCAAAGCUUUGAAAAGUCUUCAGACACAGCUGGGCCUACCAGUGACGGGUGAGCUAGAUGACGUAACAGUUGAAGCCAUUAAGAAGCCACGAUGUGGAGUGCCUGAUGUAAGGAACUACGUGACCUUCGAGGGUGACCUUAAGUGGCAACACAAUGACCUUACAUACCGCAUUCUGAGCUACACUCCAGACCUGGACCCGGAAGUUGCUGAUGAUGCAUUUGCUCGUGCUUUUAAAGUGUGGCAUGAUGUCACACCAUUAACCUUCACCAGAGUCUUCAGUGGAGAGGCAGAUAUCAAUAUUAUGUUCGGCACUCAGGAACAUGGUGACGGAUACCCAUUUGAUGGAAAAGACGGCCUCCUGGCCCAUGCCUUUCCUCCUGGUGAAGGAGUUUAUGGGGAUGCCCAUUUUGAUGAUGAUGAGUUCUGGACCUUGGGUAAAGGAGUUGUUGUGAAGACCAAGUUCGGCAAUGGUAAUGGUGCCAACUGUCGUUUCCCAUUCCUGUUUGAAGGAAAAUUGUACUCAUCUUGCACCACUGAGGGGAGGACAGAUGGACUGACAUGGUGUGCUACUACUAAAAAUUAUGACAAGGACAAAAAAUACGGUUUCUGCCCCAAUGAGCUGCUCAGCACCUAUGGAGGCAAUGCUGAAGGAAACAAAUGCAUCUUUCCCUUCAUCUUUGAUGGAAAGUCCUAUGACAAAUGCACAACCGACGGACGCUCUGAUGGCUAUCGGUGGUGUGCUACCACCUCCAACUUUGACAAAGAUAAGAAGUAUGGCUUCUGCCCUAACAGAGACACAGCUGUGAUUGGUGGUAAUGCUCAGGGUGAGCCCUGUCAUUUCCCAUUUAUAUUCUUGGGUAAAACAUACGAUGCCUGCACAUCAGAAGGACGAGAUGAUGGGCGCCUUUGGUGUGCCACCACCAGCAGCUAUGAUGCUGAUCAGAAGUGGGGAUUCUGUCCUGAUAAAGGUUACAGCCUGUUUCUUGUGGCUGCCCAUGAGUUUGGACAUGCCCUGGGUCUCGAUCACUCUAAGGUCCGUGAUGCACUCAUGUACCCUAUGUACUCUUACAUAGAAAACUUCAAGCUUCACCAAGACGACAUUGCUGGGAUUCAGUACCUCUAUGGAAAAGGAACUGGACCCAAACCCACUCCUCCUAAACCAACAGUUCCUGUUCCCACAGAAGAACCUCCAGAAGUCCCAACCACUACUUCAACCACCACCACCACUACUGAGACACCUAUAAACCCCACUGCCAGUGCCUGUGAAGUGGACUAUUUUGAUGCCAUUGCUGAAAUUAAAGGAUAUCUGCAUUUCUUCAAGAAUGGGCAAUACUGGAGGUCCUCUGUGAAAAAACAAGCUGUUAAGGAAGGACCAUUUGCAAUCUCUUCUACCUGGCCAGCUCUCCCAGCUACGAUUGACACAGCGUUUGAAGACAAGCAAACAAAGAGAAUAUAUUUCUUCUCUGGGCGAAAUUUCUGGGUGUACUCAGCAGGAAAUGUUAUUGGACCUAGAGGGAUUGACAAGCUUGGAAUUGACAAGAAAGUAGAGAAGAUUGUGGGUUCUGUGCCAAAAGGCAAAGCCAAGGUUCUACUGUUCAAUGGACCCCAAUUUUGGAGACUGGACCUGAAGGCACAGACAGUGGAUAAGGGAUACCCACGACGUACUGAUGAUGGCUUUAGUGGUGUUCCAUACAAUGCCCAUGAUGUUUUUGCCUCAAAAGGAUAUAUUUAUUUCUGCCAUGAGUUUUACUACUGGAGAAUAAGCCCUGCUGGCCAGGUUGACAGGGUCGGGUACGUCAAGUAUGAUAUCCUGGGGUGUGUCGACUAUUAGCACAGUACUUAUCAACUGUAGGACUCAUCUUUAAGAGGUGUUACGUCGCACCUUCCUGCUCUACUUUUUCACCUGCAUAUUUCGAGAAAGAAGCAUGUGUCUUUAUACUGUAAAUGUCACUGCCUGCUUGACUGUUGUGGAGUCUGACAUCCCAUUAUUGUGGUAUCUCAGUUCAGUUUUUUGUUUGAUUCAUGGAAUUGUUUUUGCUUGAUGAUAAAACAGGAAAUAUACCUGUUUAGCACUUCAUGCGUAACCAUACCAUGGCCAUGUAGAACUACAGUGGUAAAACAUUUAAUAGCCUUUCUAAACCCUUAGCAUAAUAGGGCUCUCUUCUCUGUUAGUCUGCAGACUUUAUCUUUGGACAGUGGUAGAUGUCUCAAACCAUAUAGACUGCCUUGCAUAAAAUUAUGACCUGUAUCAGUCUUCCAUGGACUGAAACAAUGAAACUCUGUCACCAGCGUGGACAGUAACUGUUUUAUUUGAACUGCACAUUAUAAUUGGACAGCUCAUUUAAUCUUCAUUAGAGAUUCCUUAGCUAUAUUCUAGCUAUUGAAGUAAAAAGAGCUGAUUUAGACUAGCUAAUACACACUAUAAUCCCCUUCUAUUCCUCUGGGGAUUCUGCUGGUUCAUAAUGCAAUGCACACAUCUGGGAGAAGAGUUCUUCUGGCUGGUUUCUAAUCUAUCUGCUGUAGAUUAUUGGUACUCUUCAGCAGAAAAUGACAGAGACACAAAUAUUGUAGUAACCCAUAUUAUAGCUACUUGGAUCUUUUGGGCCAAAUUAAUCAGCCUGUAUGAAAAUAUACCUGGUGAAAGUACAAUUUCUAAUGUUAUGUAUGCUCUUUAACUUAUAUUCAUAAUACAGGACCAGGUCAGGUACAUUGGGCUGUACCAGUUUAAUUACAUACUGGAAGGACAUAGAUGGAACAGAAUCAUAAUAAUGGAUGUAACAUGAUAUAGAACUCAGUGGGUGUGCAGUAUCUCCAUGUGCAUAACCAGAAUCCAAAGCACUGACCACUGGAUCCCAUAGUAUAUUCCCUAGAUCUCAUUAACAAAUACCAGAUCUGAUGGAUCUGAUAAUGACACCUCUACUGUGUCAUUGUUUAUGCACAGGAUGACUUU